UUGUUUUCCCGUAUCCGCCAUUUCAGUUUUUGAAGUUAGUUGUCAUCGGCCGCUGGAUUGUUGCUGGAUUUCUGUCUGCAAAACGCGUUAAAAGAGUGUUAGAUCCUCUUUCCGUGCAUAAAGUGAAGCAUUAUCUGGUUUAUUUGGUGCUUGGGCUUCCAUUUAUGCAGAUUGGAUCCCGAAAAGCGAGCUACGGAUGUCGCCUGUUUUCUAAACGUGCUCCUCGGCGCUAAAGUUUGUGCAUGAGUUGAAGGCUUAGCUUGUGGAUAAAGGGAGGGAGAGCGCAGGGAAGGCCUGGUGCAGCUUCGGCGUCUUGAGCGGCGAUCAUGGCGGGCAAUUUUGAUGCAGAAGACCGUGGGAGCUGGUACUGGGGUAGGCUGAGCAGGCAGGAGGCGGUAUCGCUACUCCAGGGUCAGCGGCACGGCGUGUUUUUAGUCCGGGACUCGAUCACCAGCCCCGGGGAUUACGUGCUAUCUGUGUCCGAGAACUCCAAAGUGUCGCAUUACAUCAUAAACAGCAUCAGCAACAACCGACAGUCCGGACCAGGUUUGGGCCAUCCACGUUUUCGCAUAGGAGACCAAGAGUUUGAAGCUCUGCCUGCUUUACUUGAAUUCUAUAAAAUUCACUACCUGGACACCACUACUUUAAUAGAGCCCAUCAACAAGUCCAAACACACUUCUUUUAUCAGUGUCGGUCCCGGUGGUCCCCCGCCCCGUCUCGAAGAAGAAUAUGUCCGAGCGCUGUUUGACUUUCCCGGGAAUGACGAAGAGGACCUCCCGUUCAGAAAGGGCGAUAUCCUGCGUGUUUUGGAAAAGCCUGAGGACCAAUGGUGGAACGCCCAGAACUCAGAGGGGAGAGCCGGUAUGAUCCCCGUCCCAUAUGUAGAAAAGUACCGACCGGCUUCUCCCACCUCCAUGAUGGGGAGCGGAGCGGUGGGGGGUCCACAGGGGGGAGGAGUGGGAAUGAUGGGAAACUCCGACGGAUCGGUGGCUCAACCCGGACCGCCUCUACUCGGGGACCCCAGUCAGUAUGCCCAGCCCACACCUCUACCCAAUCUACAGAACGGACCAGUGUAUGCACGAGCCAUUCAGAAGAGGGUCCCCAACGCCUAUGACAAGACCGCGCUGGCAUUGGAGGUUGGCGACAUGGUGAAGGUGACCAAAAUCAACGUGAAUGGCCAGUGGGAGGGGGAGUGCAAAGGCAAGAGAGGCCAUUUUCCAUUCACGCAUGUCAAACUUCUGGACCAGCACAACCCAGAUGACGAACUGAGCUGAGGGCAUCCACAAACAGGACACUAGUAUUAGACCUGCUCCCUAUUACCUUCCUACCACACUGACCCCUCUCAUUUUAACAGUAAAUCUAUCACUGACAACUGCAAAGGCCCUGAAUAGUGUCUUGAACCACAAUUCCUUCAUAAUAUGCACCCUAACAAUACAACUCUAUCAACAGUGAACUUGUGGAGACCUAAAUCUUGUUGCUGGAUAUGUGUUUCUUGGAUAUUGUGUCUAUUCCUGGAGAGCCCUCAUAGGAGACUUAAGCCACUGCCCCUUCCAACCAGUAGAUGGCAGUCCACUUGUGCCCGUGUCGCUAUUACAUACUAUACUGCGUUCUUGUCCAAUAAUAAAACGUGCAGUACAAGUCUUUCCUAGAUUUUUGGUCAGGAGUACAGAGUUUAAUGAAAAGUCCCUAGGCACUGCACAGAGGUAGCUCACUGCUCCUGGCAGAUUAAGUCACAUUGAAGUUAGGGUUAAAUGCAAAGAAGAAACUUUCCUACCUGGACAAUUACUUCUAUUUUCUUAUAAUGUGUUACCCAAUGUGUUACCGAACCAAAUAUUUUUCAAAAUGUACGAUAUUACUGGAAAUCGCAUUACUGAAAAUAAAAUAAAAUGAUAUAAAUGGUCACAAUGAGCAGAUGAGAAAGGCUGCAAAUAAAUAUUUAAGCAACAUUCUUCAGCAAACAAUCUUAUUAAGAAUCACAUGUGAUUCAGCAAUUAAUAUUUUGGUCUUCUCUCAAAUGCUUCUCCUGAACGUGAAAAUGGUGUCCACUCAUAUCAGAAUCCCACACUUAACUAGUUUAACAUUAAUUGCAAAUCACAUUUCAAUUAAUGUUGGAAAACAUUUGUUUCCGACAUUUCUUUUCCAAAAUUGUUCAGCCCUAAUGUAGAUAGUUCUGAAAAUAAUGGAUAUGAAGCUUUAUUUAGCCAAGUAGUUUCCUGUUAUAAAAAAUGUAAAAUGUAUGCAAUUUUAAGCAAGAAAUACUGUAAUUGUGCCUUCUAUCUUUAAAAACAAAAAUGCACAUUUCCCUUAUUGGACAUGAAUGCAGCCUGGUUGAAAACUACAUCCUCACCAGUGAAGAACCAAGUGUACUCUACAGUCUCUGGAUACAAACCAAUGAGGAGAUGAAGGGGUUUCCACUGCUGAUAGCUGACCUUCAUCUUUCCUAAACUUAAAAUUUGGAGGAAACAAAAGUCAACUGGCAUAAAGUGUGAACUGUGGACAUAUUUCCAACUGUUGAAAAAAACAAAAUCAUAGACGGACUACACCUGCCUUACCUGCCUCACUCUCCCAUCCCUAUUACUUCUGCUCACCAAAUAGUCUUUUGUAAGAAAAAAUGAACAUAUUGUUAUGAAACGAUGUAUUGAUGAUCCAUACAUGCUAAGAGGUUUGGUUAUUCUUGUAGCUUUUUUGUUUUAAUUCAUGAUGGGAUGUUAAAAAAACAUGUACAGUUUUUACUGCUGCAUGUGCGCUCCGAAGGAGUGAAAGUAAAACGCAUCAAAUCAUUCACAUAAUAGUCCCCCUUAAAAAACACACACACAAAAAAACUACAUGAGGGGCUGUGAAUAACAUAGAAAGACAUUACUGAUCAAAUUGCAGAAUACUGUUUAUGUGGCCCUAGUUCUACACCUGAUGGACUCCAAUGAAGUUGCACAGAGUGAAUGUAGGCUGUCCACUGCUUUAGAUAGUGCUGUCUUCAUUAUAGUGCUUACCAGUUGUGAAAUUACUCCAUUCGUGGCUUUAUCAUGGUCCAAGUGUCUUUAAGACUGUGGGGAAUAUUGUGCUAUCCACAUUUUAACCUUUUUAAUCAUUUUUUUUCUUGUUGUAUCAGACUUUUUUUUUCUUUUUACCUUAAGCUCUGCCUGUUUUUAUUUAAAGUCUUGUCCCUUUCAAAUCUUAUUUUUGUGCUUUGCUAGUUCUGUCACAAACCUCCAAAAGAUGGCAAACAUUAUUGUAUUUUACCAUGUUUGAUUACUUUUAAUUGUUUACUCCUGACAAUCAUCACAUUGUGCAAAAUUCUGUGUAGCUUUUUAAAUUUCAAAAUUGGCUAAAAUUG